UCUAUCACUCCAGCUGCAUUGCAGAAUCUUCAACCUCCACUACCUCCACAUCUGCUACCCCUACUACACCCUCUUUCGAACAAGCUAGAAAAGACCUAACUCUAAUCUUUCAAGCCACUGUACCAUCUAAAUCUACUACAACCACCACAACCUAG